CAUGGCAGAAACCCUGGAAGGCCAUGCAUCCUCUGUUCCAGCUCAAGGAGAGGUGGACACCACUCGCCCCUUCCGAUCCGUCAAGGAGGCCGUUGCAGUCUUCGGGGAACGCUUGCUUACCGGCGAUGCUUCUUCUUCUCAUAAGGUCACUGCUAGUUCCAAAGUAGACACCCCUCCCAUGCCAAUUCUUUCAUUUCCAAAUCUGGUUCCAAAACCAGCUGAAGUCGAGGAGAUAAAGCAAGAGUUGAUUCAUAUGAAGGAGAGGGAGUCCCAAACAGCCAAAACAAUUGCCAAUCUCAGGUCCCAGGUACAAGACCGAAUCUCUAAAUUAGAAGCAGCAGAGAGUGCUCAGCCAGUAGAUCAAUGGCAAGAGUAUAGAACAACAAACUUAGAAGAAAGAUUUGAGUAUUUACCGAGUUUGCGUCAAGUGCUGAGCAUCGUCAGGACAGAUGACCAAGACCAAUUCGGUCGAAGACGGAUUAAGCUGCAGAAGAAAAAGCCUAUUGUUCCAUUGGUAGGAGAUAUGUUCUCCAGGAAAAAAGGAGCCAAUGUAGAUCUCAGUAGCUCUUUCUACAGUCGUUCCUCCAUUAACAGCUUCACUUAAUGUUUGUUCUACAUGUAUUAUACGUCAUCCACUCACUUUAUAUCGUGUUCAAUUCAAUAAGUUCUGUACGUUUUCCAUUACAAGAGUCGAAACAUAUUAAGCUUUGUUUGUUGCUGUGCCAAAUGAGAUAUGGAU